UUAAGGCCGCCCGCAAUGAGCAGCCCGGCCCCGGCCAGCCCGCCCCCCGCCGCCAGGCCCCGCCGCAACCUCGCCCUCACGUCGCUGCUGUCCGAGAAGGGCAGGUCGUGCAAGGCCCUCUUCCUCACCCCCUUCAGCGGCUGCUGUGAGCCGCCCGUGUUGUCUCCCGUCACCAACCUGGCCAACAACAUGAACAAGCUGGCGGGACUGGGCAGUAACUGUGACACACCGAAACGCAGGCCAAGUGGGACUCCGUUGCUGGUUAAGACUUUAUCCUCUGACUCAGAUGCAGGACUUUGUAUGGAUUCUCCGAGCCCCCUGGAUGAAAAAGAGAUUGAUGAAACGUUUGAAAAAGCAAUAUUGGAAUCUGGAAAAGUGGUUUCCAAGAAGUUUCCAAUCCGAAGAAUAAAUUCACUUCCGCUGAGGCUCUUGGGAUCGAGCCCUGCGCUGAAGAUGAGCCAGUGUGAUGCCUCUGAUUCCGAAGUGUUCCUGCAGGACAACGGUGGUCUCACUCCUGAGGCAAAUAAAGAAAAUGAAGGUUUUCAGUUCAAGAAGCCAGUUCGGCCAAUCUCAAGACAUCGUCUGUGUACCUUCUAUGGUGUGGAGAGAUCUGAUCACAGAUCAAAUUCUGCACCAGAGUUGAUGUUUUCACCGUGUUUGGACAAAGGUCCCACUGAUUCUGAUAGCCCUGUCCUGCGCCGCUCCUCACUGACCUCUUCCAUCAAUGACGACGAUGAUGAUGGAUUCCUGGAGCUGCUUGAUGAGGAUAUUGAGAACCGUACUGACUUGCCGUCUGGGAUGGAAAGCUUGCUGACUGCUCCCCUCGUGACUAAAAAGUUCCCUGUGAAGGAUGCAUCAGCUGAUAAGGGUUCUCCCAAUAAACUACCGUGUGGGCUGUUCCGGUCGCCUUCCUUGCCAUGCUAUGACAUGAAGCCUAUCCUGAAGCGGGUGGACAGGCCACAGGAUGAGGAAACGCCAGUGAAGAAUAAGCGGAGGAGAAGUCUGGCUGGAGCUGUGGUGGAAGAGAAGCCGGACGAUGAGAAACCAAAGCAACGCUCUUUUAUGAGGUCCAAGUCUUUCUGUGAUACGACGAUUGAGAAGGUGAUGGAAAUUGGUGACUGCAGGCACUUGAUUGGCGAUUUCACAAAGUCCUAUAUAUUGCCCACUGUAGAAGGAAGACAUCAAGACUUAAGAUACAUAACUCCAGAGAUGAUGGCGCAGUUAGUGACUGGAAAAUUCAGUGGAUUUAUUGAACGGUUCAUGCUGAUCGACUGCCGGUAUCCAUAUGAAUAUGACGGGGGUCACAUUAAAGAUGCUCUAAACUUGCACAUGGAGGAGGAGCUGGAGAACUACCUGCUGAAGACCCCCAUUGUGCCUUUGGACCAAAGCAAAAGAGUGAUCGUUAUCUUCCAUUGUGAAUUUUCAUCUGAAAGAGGCCCAAGAAUGUGUCGUUUCCUAAGGGAGAAGGACCGGGACCUCAAUGGCACUAACUACCCGAAGCUACACUACCCAGAGCUGUAUAUAUUGAAAGGCGGCUACAGGGAAUUCUUUCCAAAUUUUAAGAUACACUGUGAGCCCCAGAGUUAUCGGCCAAUGCAUCACGAAGACUUCAAAGAUGACCUGCGCCAAUUCCGUGUGAAGAGCAGAACAUGGGCGGGAGAACGGAGCAAGAGGGACAUGUACAGCCGCCUCAAGAAACUAUGAGGGUGGCAGUGUGUAACUGUUUGAGUGGUGGAACCUUUUCCCUGCCUUCUGGAAUGCUGUACACUAAAUCCCUUAGAUCAUUGCUUGCCGGUGGACACGGCUUUAAAUUGGGGGUAAAUGUGUGUAGGCAUCGGCCAGUUCCUGCAACAAGGUGGUUGUAUAUUGUCUGUUGUCAGACCUGGUUGUGACUCGCACUCUUGGUAAGGUGGGCAGGGACCACAGAUGACACUUUUUUUAUGUACAUAUUUUUUUAAAUCCCUGAACCUCCUAAGGAACAAAUUUAAAACUAGUCCAUAUCUGUGCAAAACUGGGAUUAUCUCCUGCAUAAAAAGGUUACGAUACAAUCAGAUUUUUUUCCCCUGCCCCUCCCCCCCUCUACAUGUAAACUUUCUAUCAAGCUUAUUGAAAGCUGUGAUGCCUGUGUGAGUUGUGGCCUGUCUUGUCAGAUGAGUGCUCUCUCAACAGAUUGGCCCAAUUGCAUGAAUAAUGACUCAAGGAGCAAGAGGGUGAGAUCAGCUUCCAUCAUGUGAGGCUGAGGUGUCAAUAGAUUUUAUUUUGGGGAGUGUUGGACUUAAUGUAUAUAAAACUUUUUAAUUGACUUAAUAUAAAUUCCAGUAUCACUGCCGGUUUAUUUCCCUUUUUGGUUCUGACGUAGAUUAAAGGGGAAUUUGUGUUACAAGCUAACAAUUUCCUUUUUUUAAAAAAAAUCUUAGAUCUGAGAUUAGGUAAAAGCUUCCUGGUUUGCGGCUCCGUUCUGCUCUUCCUCUGGGCUGGUUGCACUUACAAAAACCUGGUGUGCUUUUGGAUUAGUAUCCUGUAACCAGCCCAAUCGAAAGCUGCCCCAAACUUUUUUUUAAAAAAAGUGUGAUCGUUAAAAAAAGAAAUUGGGAUGGCUUUUUUUCUUUAGCCCCUUUUAAGCCAUUUCCUUUAGCAGAAAUUUCACAGCACUUAAAAUGGAUUCAGUCGAGAGUCAACUGGAGAUGCAAAACUCUUAUCUUGUUGACUGUCAUGGUUUGAGUGCAUUGUGCAAAGCCCAAAACAUUUUUAGUGUAAACUUUCAGUAUUUAAGCAUGCAAUUUAACAAUGUUUUUGCUAUUCGCCCCUUCUGUCAACCCCCCACAAUGACUUUAACCACUAGUUAUUUAAAAUCAGGUGAAUAAGUGCAGCAAUGAAAGAAUGUUUUUUUUAAAAGGGUAGCAGGGGAGUUGCAUUUGUGAGUUUCCAGUUUAGAGACUAAUUGAAUAGGGAGUGAAACGUCCCAUUAUAAGUGCCCACUUUCACUGCUAUCAAACUUACAUUUUUUUUAACUUCACUAUUCAGUGUUGAGGUUUUUGCCUUGCUCUGAAAUGAGGCCCGAUCAUCAUUUAUGAAUUCCAUCAUUUGUGCAUGUGUCUUUAUAUACACAUUUGUGUUUUUUAUAUAUAAAAAAAAUCACUUGUGUUUUUUUCUGUGCACACCAGAGAAAUUGAGAUCAGCUGUAAAGAAUUUCCAAGACUAGUAACCUUUCCAAUAACGUGAACUAUAUCUAACUCUGGGAUUUUUCAAACAAGCAUUCAAGUUGGGUGCAGUGUUUUUUCAGGACCUGCAAAUAUCACUCUUUCACAUUCAAACCUGUAGGUUUCAACAGGUCUGGCCUUCAAAGUGUCUGAUGUCCAUUUUGUUUCCUUUUUCAACCACCCUAUUACACAUAUGUACAACUAAAGGAGCCUGAAUUGUUUUAAAUAGGACCUACAAUGUUGUACUUGCCAUCUCUCCACAUGUGUAUGGGGGGAAAUAUUUGUACAGUCCCUCACUUUGAUUUCUAUUUAUGGACCCAACCAAGUUAACUUAUUGCUCUACUCUACCACACAGAGGUAUGUGCAUCUUCUCUCCUUGAGAAUUCUGUGACAUUGAUUACCUUUUCCCAAUGACUUGUGGGCAGGUCAGGUUUUUUUGAACUACUCUGGUCUCUUCACUGCCUAAUUAAAAAGAUCAAAGCAUUUUUGUUUAUACAUGUACAACUUUUGGCAACCUUUGAGCUACUUGAAUAGGUUUCAAAUGUGAAAACUGACUUGGGUCUUCCCUGUGCCUUUUUUUGUGUGGAGGGAGGGUGACGGGUUUAACCAUUGUGGAAGUAAAUGUGAUGCGAAUGGCUGUGUGAUUGGGGAGAGGGUGGGAGUUGGCUGGAUGUGUUGCUUCCUGCAAAAGCUACUGCACAUAUGGUUUCAUUGUAUGCUGUACAGAGAUUCACCUGCCAGUGGUAGCCUACCUGCCUCAAGUGCAAUAAAUGGCUACAGAUAGCAAAA